UUUAAAAUAAAAUGGAAGAAGAAAAUAAAGUUAAUAAAUUAAUUUCAGCAUUAUCAAUAAUUUAUUCUAUUAAUACAGAUAAAAUAGUAAGAAAUGAAGCACAAAAGUAUCUUGAUAAUAUUAAAAAAGAACCAGAAUCAUGGAAAUAUGGGAUUGAAUUAGCAUCAAUUAAAAAUGUAAAAAUGGAUGUAUUGCGACAUUUUGGGUUAAAUUUAAUUGAUCAAGGAAUAUGUUGCAAUUGGGAGAAAUAUGAAGAUGAAGACAAAGUAUAUUUGCGUAAUUGCAUGAUUAAUAUGUGUUAUAAUGGUGUUCGUGAUGGUACAUCAGAAGAUCAAGAAGAAGUUCAUUAUAUUAAGCAAAAAAUUUCUAAAAUCCUUUUUGAAAUUGUAAAAAAAGACUGGAUUUUUAUUUUACAAGAUAUGGAUAUUACAUUUAAAAAUAUGUUUUUAACUUCACCUACGGCCCGUUAUAUAUCCUUAAAUACAAUAUUAAAUCUAAUUGAGAAUGCAUUUCAAUCUACGGAUGAUAAGGAGGUAUCAAAGAUUCCAAUAUUUUCUGUUGCUAUGAUUUCUAUUCUUUGUUCUUCAAAUAUUUUAAAAACUAUAUAUCCAAAUGGUCUUCCUUAUUCGCUUAAAAUCCCAGAAAAUAAUUCAGGAUGGAUUGAUAUUUUUGAAAAAAGCAUAAAAAGUUAUUUUGGAGUUAUUGAUACAUCAUGUUUUCCAAAGAUAAAUGAAAUUGAAAUAAUACAUGUUUUGAAUUGUUUAAAAGGUUGUUUAUCAUGGAUCCCUACAGAGUCUAUAUUAGAAUCAGGAAUACUGAAUCAAUUGUGCUUUGUUUUAUCACAAGGAAACAUAGAAAUAAAAAUGAUUUCAUCUGAUUGUCUUCAUGCUCUUUUUAUUCGUCCAUUGUUACCAGAUGAUAAACUUUCAGAGAUUGUUUAUACAUUUUUUGAACCUGAUAACUUAAACCAUCUACGCAUUAUUACUGAAGAGAUAUUUUCUCAAGUUCAAUAUAAUGGUUACAAUGAUUUUGAUGAAAAGAAAUAUUCUUUUCUUAAAAAAAUAGUUGAGACUAUUGUUGCUCUUGGAACAUUUCACAUUAUAAAUUACAAAAGAUCCAACACAUUGGUAUAUUUCAAUAUAUAUUUAGAUUUCGUUUUAUUUACUACUAAACAUCCAUCACUUAUUGUAUCUUCUAUAUCUCAACCUUUUUGGAUAGCAUUAUUAAAAUCGCCUUUAAAUAAAGAAAAUACAGUCAUAUCAAUAUUACCUCGCUUACUUGAUCUUAUAUCAAGUAGACUAAUAAGGUAUGAAAAUGCUCAAACAGUUUUAAAAGAUUCAAUUGAAAUAAAAUUUUUAAACCAUGACAUUGAAACAACUUCAGAAAUACAUAUAUUUUGUGAGAAUUAUCGAAGAUUUAUGGUAGAUCUUAUACGAAUAAUAUUUUCUAUGCCUACAAAGGAUUGUUUGUUAUACGCACAGCAACAUAUUGAAAAAUUCUUCAAAAAAUGCCCUGAUUUUAUGACUGAUCAAAUAUUUUUUCAUAAAAAAAAGACAUUGGAUUAUCAUUUUUAUGAUAGUAACUAUACUUUUAUAGAAGCUGUUCUAAAAGGAUAUAAAAUAUUAAAUGAAAAGGAUCAACAUUUAGAUGAUGAUUUAAAAAAUAAUUUCUUAUCUCUUUUAAUAUAUUGGUUUGAAAAAAUAAUUCAUAUAGAUGUUAAGGCACCUUUAAUAUUAAGUCGUCAAAUUCAAGUAUUAGUAAUGUUUCUUUAUUCUUUAGAAAAAAAAGAAUUCCUUAUACCAGUUUUAGAAAAAAUAAUAUCUACACUUGUAUAUCGUUAUCAUGAUAAUAUAUCUGACGAAGCAGUACAAACAAUUCACGAUUUACGUGGAAAAUGCAGCCAUGAACUUCUUAAACUUGCAAUGGAAUUAUCUGAUUCAUUAUGGAAUAUAUAUCCACAACUUGAAAAAAUAGUAUAUGAAAUUAUAAAUGAAAAAUCUAGCGAAAAUGAGAAUACAGUUUUUAUCACUUUUUUACUAAUCAUUAGUCAAAAACCAAAUAAUACUCAAAAUGAAAAAACAUACUAUUUUCAGCUUAUUACUACUAAAUUAAUAGAUACAUGGAAUAAAACUAAAUCAUUAUUCAAUUUAUCAACUUUUAAUGGAUUUCUUGAUCUUUUGGGACUCCAAAAGAUCAUGCAAUAUAUUCAAUCAAAAAAUAUCCAUUCUAUUCAAGAUUUAAACACUAAAUACUUAGAUGUCGAAGGAAAACAGUUAAUAGAUGAGUUAAAAGAAACUAGAAAAUUAAUUUGGCCUAUUCAAGGAUUUCGAAAAUUUGCUGAUUAUCAUUUAAAAAUUAUGUUAUUACAGGAUAAUAACUAUGAUUAUAUAUCAAAAUUAUGGAAACCUGUUGUUGAAUUUAUUCUUCCUGAUAUUUUCAAUAUAAUAAAACAUAUUCAUGCAUUAUAUGAUCCAGAUAAUUGGAAUUCAUUUGUUCCUGAACUGCAAUUUAUUAUUAGUCAAAGCAUUUCAGAAAGAUUUUGGUUUCAUGGUAUUAAUUCAACUUCUAAAGAUGAGUUUUAUGAAGAAAUUUCAAAAUUUAAAGAUAAAAUAAUAGAAUUAUCAUAUAAUCUUAGUCAUUUUUUACGUAAAAAUAGAGAACAUUGUUAUAUAAAUAUUGGAUUAUUCUCUAGUUUUGGUGAUAGUUUUUAUAGAAUCCCAAAUUUAUCACAAAAUAUAAUUGAAUCAUUUUUUACUAAUACUAAAGGUCUUUCAUUAUAUGUUUGGUCAAGUAUUUUGGAUUUUUCUAUUUCUCCUAUAAUAACAAAAUGUCCUCCUCAAUAUCAAGAUUGUUUCUUAAAGAUAUUACUACCAUAUUUAUUUGUUGAAAUUGAUAAAAAACUUGUGUUUGAAUGGUCACAAAUUUCUGAAAAAGAGUUUAUAUCUGAUAAUAAUUUAAAUACACCUUUUUGUCAAGAUAAAGAUUUAUCAAAUGAGAUGAUAAAUGAAUCAUUACUUAGAAAUUUGUCUCUUGUUGUUGUCAAAAUGUUAACUGAAUUAUUAGUACCAUCUUCAGAUAAAUCUCAAUUCACAAAAAAUACUUCAAAUUCUAAAACAAGUAAUAUGCUAUACAUUUUAAAAAACGAGGAUAUACUUAAAUCUUUGUUUCCUUUAUUAUCACAUUUGAUUAUGUUUCAUGACACUCGUACUUGUAACAAUACAGUUCGUAUUUUUCAAAAUAUCAUACCUAUAUUAAUGGAUGAUUCAAAUGUUCAUGUCUGCGCUUUUAUUGCUAAUGAUCUAUUUAAAGCAUGUCUGAUGGCGAUAAAUGAUACAUAUCUAGCAUCUGUUCAUUCUGAAAUUAUUCAAAUUUUAACCCAAAUAUACACUUUGGCUCAUGAAAAAGGAUUUCAACAAUCUAAAGAGGUUCUUUUAUCUAUUUCAAUAUUAAAUUUAGAAAAAAUAAAUGAAUUCGAAGCAAAGCUGUUUAAUGUUAAAAAUUCCAAAUCAAAGAGAGCCAUUAUGAUGGAUUUUUUAUCUACAUCUGGAAUAAAACCAGAGAUUGAUGCUGGUAAAAGCUCAAAAAAAACUAUUAAUGAUAUUAAUACUUAUAAAAUAAUAAAACAUUUUAAAUCUGAUAUGAAGAGUUCAAAUGAAGAUAUUUUUCAACAAGAAAAUAUAGAAAUUAGCAAUCUUUUCGAGUAA